AUGGCCGACCCUGCCCCUUCGGACCCCAAGCCCGCCGCCGCCGCCCCGGCUGAGGACGCCGGUGCUGAGGGCGCCGGCCCCUCUAAGAAGGCCGCUAAGAAGGCCGAGGCCAAGGCUAAGAAGGAGGCCGAGAAGGCCAGGAAGGCUGCCGAGCGGGAGGCUGCCGCUGCUGCUGCAAAGGCCGCCAGCGGCCCCGCCGAGGACCUUGCCAAGGAAAACUACGGCGACAUAACGCCCUCCACCAAGGUCGAGGCUGAGCGCGUGCACCUUCGGGACCUCGGCGAGAAGCACCUCGACAAGGUCAUUAGGCUCCGAGCCUGGAUCCAAAACUCUCGUCUGCAGGGUGCCAAGAUGGCCUUUGUCGAGCUUCGCGAGGAGCGUGACUGGUCCAUCCAGGGUGUGAUGGUAGCCACUGCCGAGGGCACCCCGUGUCCAAACAGAUGCUGCAAGGUGUCCGACUACGAGCUCCACAUCACCAAGUGCUACCUCGUCUCCCGGGACCUCCUGUACUCGGAUGCGAGCGCUGAUGCUGGAAAGGCGGUCGAGGAGGGUGUUGCCGCGCUGGCCAUCGACUCCAUGCCCAAUGCCUCCCUCAGCACCCACCUCAACAACCCCGCCAUGCACAAGAGGGCCCCUGUACAGCAAGCCAUUGCCGAUGUACGCAUGACCGUGCGCAAGCUUUUCGGCGACUAUCUCGAGGCUCGAGGUUUUCCCAGCUGCCUUCCUAGCUCAAUCCCCCAGUUCUACAAGCAGUUCGAAAUUGCCGGUGGCAGGAAGCGAGUAUACUGCAUUGGCCCCGUCUUCCGAGCUGAGAAUUCCAACACCCCCAGGCACAUGACCGAGUUCACCGGUCUCGAUCUGGAAAUGGAAAUCGAGGACCACUACCACGAGGUCCGUGACAUGCUCGAAGGCGUCCUGCUCCACAUCUUCCGCGGCAUCCAAGAAAAGUGUGCUGAGCAGGUCGAACUCGUCCGCUCCGUGUACCCCUCCGAGGAUUUCCUGCUUCCUGAGCCCGGUAAGGAGGUGCGCCUCACUUUCGCCGAGGGCCAAAAGCUUCUCCGAGAGGAGGGUCCCGAAGAGUACCGCAACGUCAGCGACGAUGAGGAUAUGAGCACCCCGCAGGAGAAGGCCCUUGGCGCCCUGAUCCGCGAAAAGUACAAGACCGACUUCUACGUCCUCGACAAGUUCCCCGAGUCUGCUAGGCCCUUCUACACCAUCGAGGACCCCGAGAACCCCAAGGUCACCAACGCCUACGAUUUCUUCAUGCGCGGCCAGGAGAUCCUGUCCGGUGGCCAGCGUAUCCACAUCCCUACUACCCUCGAGGCCCGCAUAAGGAGGAAGGGAAUCGACCCCAACUCUCCCGGAAUCAAGGAGUACGUCGAUGUGUUCAGGUCUGCCGGUGUUCCCCUCACGGCGGUGGUGGUAUCGGCUUGGACCGUGUCGUUGCCUGGUACCUCAACCUCCCCAGUGUACAUCUCGCGAGCUACUACCCCAGAACACCCAAGCGCCUCCUCCCUUAAAAAUGAAAUUUGA